AUGGACGAGUCCACGCGCCCUGACGGCAACGCAUUAGCCGAGGCCUACCUCACCACAGUCACCGAGACUCCCCAAUUCGCCACACCCUCUCCAAGCUACCAGAGCUCCAAUGUCGAUGCUCUCGCAACUCUACAGCAAGGAGAUAUCAUCCUCGUCCGACGCGCGCCCCACCGUCAGCGACCUAGUGAUCGCACGCCACGCCCGCACCUAUUCGUUUUCUGGCACGCCGCUCCCUCCUGGCGUGCAGAAGGAGGCAUUUUCCUUCUCGAUCUCGAAAAGAUCUGGAGUUCGGCAGCGACAGAUAUCGCCCCGUUCCUCGCCCAAGAUAGCCGCUCAGAUGCGGCAGUCGAGCUGCUCCACGAAGAGGGCAUAGACGAUCUAGUCCUCGCAGGCACCGAGGGCUUGAUCGACUACACCGACCAGAACGAGAGCUUGGCGGAAGUGCUGAGCAGCGGUGAUCUCUACUUCCUCGAUCCGGCACCAUACGCCAUUCGGAAAGUCCUCGAGGGCGACAAAUGCCGGCUCCGAACCUGUGAGGAUGGGUACGUGCGCUCCCGAGCUGAGCUGGAGAAAUCACACCCAAGACUCAGCUGGGAUGUUGAGAGCGACGGCGAUGUGGAGAAUGAUUUGCUAUACGCAAUCUACCAGAAUGGAGGGGCAGCGUUGUGUCCUAUCUGUCACGGGUACGAGUUAAUCGUCAAGCAUUCGCACCUCGUAGCGCUAUGGCUAGACCUCGAUACCAACGACGACAAGUCACAGCCCCCACAGGAGCACUCGGAUGAGGAGAGAAAGGUGAGGGAUGAGCUUAACCUUGUGCGGCGUCAGCUUGGGUAUACUCAAUUCUUCAUGUACAAUGUGUAA